AUGCAUGAGCAUUUCGCCUGCCCACACAUGUGGAUUGGAUUUGGAAACAAGUGCUUUUAUUUUUCUGAAGACACAAGGAACUGGACAUUCAGCCAGGUUUUUUGUGAAUCAAGAGAAGCUCAUCUCGUUCAGAUUGACACCUCAGAGGAACUGACAUUUCUAAAAAGGUACAAAGGCCCCUACGACCAUUGGAUAGGCCUUAGCAGAGAAUCGCCAAGUCACUCUUGGAAAUGGACAAAUAACACUGGAGACAACAUUGUGUUUCCGGUCAGAGGAACUGGGGAAUGUGCCUACUUAAAUGACAAUGGCGUGAGCAGUGCCAGGAUUUACUCAGACAAAAAAUGGAUUUGUAGCAAACCCAAUGUCUCCACCUGUCAAAUUGCUUGA